GUGGCUCAGUCAGUGCUGGUGUGGCCGUGGCGGAGCCGGCUGUGUGUCUGUGUCUGUGUCGGGGUGCGGGACGCUCUCUCGCCGAGGUACUCAGUGAGUGUGUGUAGGUAGCGAGCGGGCCUGUGAAUGCGCAUCCUGUCGCAGUGGUGCGCAAGUGUGCUCGCUCAGGGUCGUAGCGCAGGACUCGCUCCCUUACAGCUUCACCGCCGCUGCCGCCUGUCCUCGCUCAGCCAGAGACAGACCGUGGCACCCAGCGAAGGCUCUGCUGCUGCACCUUGAGCACUUGGCACCCGUACUGGAUCCCCGGUGUACUCAGAAAACCACUGACUAAGGAAUUCCAUCGUGAACGUGAAGCGUGUGAGCGAGGCUGUCACACUGCUUUGUCUGAAGUAGUGUAGUGACGUGUGACCAGCCACGCCCUCCUGAGAGUAGAAAACUUGACAGUGUACAUAUUAGAAGUAACUUAAGGCAUACAUCUGUAAGUGUAGUUUAGACGCCUAUAGGAAAAAAAUAUCGCGUAAUGAAGGACGAGGGAAGUGUAGCCGCCCACUCUGAGACGCUGCGGGCGCUCAACCUGCAGCCCCCCAAGAUCCGCAGCCACCUCGACCUCCUUUCAGACCCCCUGGCUCCCCUCCGUGGCCCGGUCAACCCCGCCCCAGCUCACCCCCGCCUCAUCGCCACCCGCAGCCUAAGGGGGGUGUUCCAGUCUCGCCUCAACGGGCCCCUUGGCUCCCUGCAGCCGCCAGCCUCGCAGGGAUCACAGAAUCCUGCCUCGGUCGCAAGGUCCCCCCGGGCCCUGAAAAGACUGUCGGGGCGUCACGCUCGUCCGCAGCGGGCCAGGAGUCAGCCGGCCUCUGGGAAGGAAAACUUUGGUAGUUUCGAGGAGGAAGAAGAUGAAGGGUUUGAGGACGUGUGGGCGGGGACUGAGCGGCAGGAGCCUCGACCCAUGCUCACCAGACGGAACACAGAGGGCGCUGACACGAGGUGGGCCGGUGACCUCACCCGCCUCUCCUCCGCCCUGGACCAGCUAGCGGCGCUGUGCAACGCGACCCAGCGGCCUCAGAGUGCACCGGAGUCAGCUGGAAUAGCGCGGGCCGUCUUAACCCGCACCCAUAGUCAGGGGUCUGGCCACCCGCCCCCAAACCCUCUCCCUGCCAACAUCUCUCCGACCUGCCCCGUCCACGGCACCCACGCCAUUCUGGCCCACACCCUGCUGGCCGCCCAACCCUCUUCUGACGGCGGCCGCUCCUCGCCCAGAACGGUCCACCACCACCCUUUUGAAAGUGACUCCGGAGGUAGUUCGGGUGGGCACGUGGCCUCCAACCCUCCCUCGCCUCUUGGCGUCUCAGGGGGCCGGGAGGCCUCGACGGGCGUGGCCAAGAGGAUGGGCGUGGCGCUGCGGGCGUUGGGCGGGCGGCUGGCGGCCUGGAGCAGGGGCAACGAGGUGUCCCAGAACUCUACACAACUCUCGUCGUCAUCGUCGUCAUCCUCCUCCCCCGUCACCGGGCGACAUGCAGGUGAGUUGGCGUUCUCAGGUAUGGGCGGGACAUGGAUGGUGAGGCGCCGUGGGGAACGCACGGAGGGCCUUGGGAGUGCAGGGCAAGGAAGCAGCGGUGCGGGAAGGGAAAGAUAUAUUUGUACUGAAUAUUUUGGUUUGCUAUGAACAUUCCGCAGUCCAACCUUGGCGGUCGGCGGGGAGCCAGUCACGCACCGGAAGGUAUGACAAUGUAAAGAAUAUUUACUGUGGCCUCAGCCCGGCCAUGCUCGCGCUGCCUCCUGCGGCCAUUGCCGGGGCGCUCAAGGUCCGAGGCCUCUAAUUCUCUAUUCAGAGGUACGCGUUCACCCACGGUCCAAGCAUUGUCGGUAAUUUUCAUUUAAUAUUCAUUCAUGGACUUGAGUGCACCUGCCGCAGGCGUGGUGGAGGGGAGACUAAGGUUCACCGCCCGUCACCAAGGGCCACCAGGCCUGACCCUGCCUGGGCCGCGUUGCAGUUUCCCCGCCGCGCCGCCACACAACCGUCACUCCGGCCCAAGGUUUCUCCCUGGGCGGGCACGCUGCUUCACUUAUCUGAUGACUUUUAGGUAAUCAUGUCAAGAACUCGGCUCGUGACGUGUUUAUUUCGUGCUUUCUGGCGGCCGUGUUGUGUGUCGCGUGGGGAAGGGCUGUUCAGCUAAUUGCAUUGUCCGGCAGGGCGCGAGGCAAGGCUAAUGUGGCACAGAUGAUUAUGCCUCGUCGUGUCGCCAGGUGUGUCAAGACGAGUGAAGGUGGCCGGAGCACCGCCGAGAGGAGGGCUGGACGCAAUGACGAACAUUUUAAACAUAUUAUCGUGUAAGAGAAGAAUGACCUGAUUUGUGU